CAGCAACAUAGUUGAGCUUCACUCGUACAAUACAAAUCAAAUAUGAGAUCCAUAAAAUGUGUUGUGGUUGGUGAUGGUGCCGUAGGUAAAACAUGUUUGCUUAUUUCAUAUUCGACCAACACUUUUCCAAAAGAUUAUGUACCGACUGUUUUUGAGAAUUACUCGGCUAACGUAAUGGUAGAUGGUAUACCUUUUCUUCUAAACCUUUGGGACACUGCCGGUCAAGAAGACUACGAUAGACUCAGGCCCUUAUCCUAUCCACAAACUGAUGUGUUCCUUUUUUGUUUUUCAUUAGUUAGACCAAUUUCUUACGAUCAUAUCAGGACAAAGUGGUUUACUGAAGCGAAACAUCACUGUCCAAACGUUCCUAUUAUACUAGUUGGCACGCAACAAGAUUUGAGAGAGGACAGAAGGCCAGGUGAUAAUAUUGGAGAAAUUCUCACUUACCCACAAGGUGUGGCAUUAGCAAAAGAUAUAAACGCAGUCAAAUAUAUGGAGUGUUCCGCAUUGACUCAAGUUGGACUCAAAGAUGUGUUCGAUGAAGCUAUUAGGGCUGUACUGCGUCCGGAAAAAUGUUCCAAAGGUUGGAGCUGUCAGAUUUUAUAGCAACAUACACCCAUUUGUUAAUUAAAUUACUUUGAGAUAUACGGAUGGCAAUGAAAAUACACUACACAGUUAUA